GUCUCCAAACGUUGAACGGGAGCUUUGCCAAAUUUCUGAAAUCUUCACUACGGCUGGCCAUCAUCGUCACGACAGGCCACCUUCUCUCUUCAUUGCGAUAGGAAGAAGCCUGACACAACUCUCGCGAUGAGCUCCGCACCGACGACUCGUCUCUUGGCGAGAUCUCUCUUCCAGAAUGUCGCCCGCCCAUCCCCGAUAACACGAUGCUCCCCUGCAUUCCUCCGACCCUUCUCCCAGACCCCGACUCAGCGCGCCGACGAUGCGAAGAAAGGAGGCCAGGAGCUCCUCGCUGCCAUGUACGGCUCCCGCUCCACAACCUCAACACCCGCCUCGACGACGCCGGCAACCGGCUCGCCCAGCCACAACCAGACAAUGCUUCUCCAAUCCUUGAACAAGGCUGCCGGCAAGAAGUCGCCAGAAGACGGUCUCGCCUCAAGCGGCUCAGGUCUCGACGACCUCGUCCCCGAACAGGAGGACCUCUUGGAGCCAUACCACAUGCACAUCUACUCCCAUAAGCACAACACGCACGUGACGGUCACAAAGCCUGACCGCGGCGCCAUCAUCUCCCUGUCGACCGGCAACAUCGGCUUCAAGAAGUCCAAGAGGAAAGGAUAUGAUGCCGCUUACCAAUUGACGGCAUACGUUCUCGAGAGAUUAAACUACGCUGGAUGGCACAAGAAGAUCAACAAGCUCGAGAUCGUGCUCAGAGGAUUCGGUGUCGGACGUGACGCGGCAGUCAAGGUUCUCAUGGCUCCCGAGGGUAAGCUCUGGAGAAGCAAGGUCAUUCGGGUGGCGGAUUCGACGAGAUUGAAGUUUGGUGGAACGAGGAGCAAGAACCCGAGACGUGUUUAGAGAGGAGGUACGGCGUCUGGGGUUCGUGGGGGGAAGAGCAACACACAAUGCCUGUACACUACCUGUACAACUGUAUCAUAUCACAAGAGCAAAAG